GGCGGGCCUUCCGGGCGGGUGUUUCCGGCGUCGGAGGCCGCGGCCGGGGACGGUGUGAGAGCGGUAAGAUGGCGGCGGCGGCGGUGGUGGAGUUCCAGAGAGCCCAGUCUCUACUCAGCACCGACCGGGAGGCCUCCAUCGACAUUCUCCAUUCCAUCGUGAAGCGUGACAUUCAGGAGAACGAUGAGGAGGCAGUGCAGGUCAAAGAGCAGAGCAUCCUGGAACUGGGGUCUCUCCUGGCGAAGACAGGGCAAGCUGCAGAGCUUGGAGGACUCCUGAAGUAUGUGCGACCCUUCUUGAAUUCCAUCAGCAAGGCUAAAGCAGCCCGUUUGGUCAGAUCUCUUCUUGAUCUGUUUCUUGAUAUGGAAGCAGCUACAGGUCAGGAGGUGGAAUUGUGUUUAGAAUGCAUCGAAUGGGCCAAAUCAGAGAAGAGAACUUUCUUACGCCAAGCUUUGGAGGCAAGACUGGUGUCUUUGUAUUUCGAUACCAAGAGGUACCAGGAAGCAUUGCAUUUGGGUUCUCAGCUGCUUCGGGAAUUGAAAAAAAUGGAUGAUAAAGCCCUUUUGGUGGAAGUACAGCUUUUAGAAAGUAAAACAUACCAUGCCCUGAGCAACCUGCCGAAAGCCCGAGCUGCCUUAACUUCUGCUCGAACCACAGCAAAUGCUAUCUACUGCCCCCCUAAACUGCAGGCUACCUUGGAUAUGCAGUCAGGUAUUAUCCAUGCAGCAGAGGAGAAGGAUUGGAAAACUGCAUAUUCUUAUUUUUAUGAGGCAUUUGAGGGUUAUGACUCCAUCGAUAGCCCGAAGGCCAUUACAUCUCUGAAGUACAUGUUGCUGUGCAAAAUCAUGCUCAACACCCCAGAAGACGUCCAGGCAUUAGUGAGUGGGAAGCUUGCACUUCGGUAUGCAGGGAGGCAGACAGAAGCAUUAAAAUGUGUGGCUCAGGCUAGCAAGAACAGAUCACUGGCAGAUUUUGAAAAGGCCCUAACAGAUUACCGGGCAGAGCUCCGGGAUGACCCAAUCAUCAAUACACACUUGGCCAAGCUGUAUGAUAACUUAUUGGAACAGAAUCUGAUCCGAGUCAUUGAACCCUUUUCUCGAGUACAGAUCGAACACAUAUCUAGUCUCAUCAAACUUUCCAAGACUGACGUGGAAAGGAAAUUAUCACAAAUGAUUCUUGACAAGAAAUUUCAUGGAAUUUUGGACCAGGGGGAGGGUGUCUUGAUUAUUUUUGAUGAACCCCCAGUAGAUAAAACUUACGAAGCUGCUCUGGAAACAAUUCAGAACAUGAGUAAAGUAGUGGAUUCCCUCUACAAUAAAGCCAAGAAACUUACAUAGAGUUGGAUCUGUAGCGGUCCUUUGGAGAGUGUGUGUGGCGGGAGAGUGAAACCUUUGGGGAAAAUGCUAGGAGAUUCUUUUUUCUUUUUGUUCUACUUUUUGCUCAGAAAGUUUUUAAAUCCUCAUUUGGUGCAUCGGUAUUCCAGCCGAUAGGUAUGCCAGUUUUCAUGUAAUCUUUACUGGCCCAACUUGGGAGUGGGGAAAUUGCUUAAAAAAAAAGAAAAAGAAAAAAAAAGGUUAUUCUAAAUAAAAGGAAAAAGGCUUACACUACCUAAAGCUGUGCUCUCUGCCUCCUGGGAGAGGGCUGCAAAGCCAGGCGCCCUGCCUACCACUGGGGCUCCUAACCCACCCGCUGGGUGUCACCUCUCUUCCUCUUCAGAAUUGGGUGUUUGCCUGACCAUCAAAGCAAUGACUUUUUAUUCUGUUUGUACUGAACCAAAACAAACAACUGUGUAUAGACUUGCUGUUUUCUUUUUCAUUUGAAAUGAGAUGUUUCGGUGUUCUUUCCCCUGCCAUAUGGCCUGUCCUCCCGCCCUUCCCCCAACAACGGCUCCAGCAGACUGGCCGAAGGUCCCGCCGCCACCGCCGCAGCAGCAGCACCAUCUGCAGGGCUCCUCUUGGACCUUUGAAGGAACGGGGUCGAGGCCAGGAGCUAGUGUCCACUAUGGCCACACGGGGAGCAGUGUGGGCCCUGGGGGGCCUGCUGUGCAUGUGGCUUUUUAACACAGUAAACUAGAUUAGAUGUCAGUGUUUUAAUUGCCCUUCUCUGCUCUUUUCUCUUGCCCUUCUCUUUCCCCUCUCAACCGGGAGACCACCACUUGUCUCUUCUUCUUUCCCCCUUGAAGAGAGUCAGGCUGUCUGAAAUCCAGCCUGUCUCCUUCUCCCACUCCCUCUCCUGCCAUCAGGUGGAUUUAUCCCUUUCUUUAAAACAGUGAACAUCGGAAAUGAGACUGGGAGGUAUGGGUUCCCCCCAUGUUGUUUUUUCGAGCAACUUCAUGACCCCCUCCCAGAGAACUUUAUUUACCUCUUAGGAACUGAAGGGAUGGGAGAUAGAGCACUGUAUUUCAGCAUGCUUUGUUUUAUGACGAGAUUACAUAGCAAGGCUUUCAUGCCAUUUUGGCAGGCAAGCUUCUGCACCUCUGUUGUGCUCAACUGUAUGUUCUUUUUUUUUCUUUCUCUCAUUACCCUCCCCCCCUUUAUUUUCCUUCUCUUCUUCCUGCCUCCUUCCUGCUGGCCUUCUUUUGUCUUUCCCUUUCUCAGACAGAUUAUCCUUCCAGGUUUUCGUAAUAAAUUUAUAUUUUGUAAAAGGAUUUUGUUGUACCAGGUUUUGCAUCCUCACCAAAUCUUUAUUUUCCUCUCCAAAAUCAGGUUUUUUUGUUCCCAAUAUCUCUCCCUAUCAUGUCCAGUCACUGUUUUGGUUUUGGCACCAUCAAUAUCAAAUGUACAAACGGUUCUUGCUAACCAACACCAGGUAUAUCUGAUGUUCAGAUGAGUUCCAAUAAAAACAAUUUUUUUUUUCAAAAA